ACAACGAAAAAGACAUAAUGAAAAGUGUGAGACAAAGUGGCAGAAUAAGGCAAACAGCAGUGAUGGAGCUCAGCGGUGAAGUCAUUUCAGUCGGCAUGUGAGAACAGGAGCAGGCUCUAUCUCUGGAGCCAGCUAAUUAAGCUCGGAUGACUAAGAGUAGACACAGAUAGGCACUGUGUUUGAGUGUGUUGUUACCCGUCUUCCGUGUGGAUGACUAUGAACAAAAGGGCAGACUCUUUUCCCUAAUCAAGCUAAUGGAGUGGGUGAGCUAGAUAGGCAGCGACAGGUAGAAGGGCCUCCAGGGGAUUUAGGGAGUCAGGGGAAGAGAGAGACUGAGGUGAGGAUUUCAGCCUUUGAUUGGCAGGACACAGGAUGAUAAAAAAGCCCUGCUUGUGGUGUCAGAGCCAUUAGCAGGUGGUUCAGAUCUGAGGAGCAUACAGUGACAAGUACUGCGGUUCAUGUUAGCCGGUCAAAGAUUCACUUCAGAGCUGAUACUACAGGCCUGCGUGCUACAGCUGUGAGAACAGCAGCAACAACCUGCGUAAACUUUAGUGUCUCAUUGUAUUUUAGCACAUAACCAAUAGUCAACACAUUUGUGAGGCACGGCCAAGAUGCAACAGAAGAAAUCAAAUUGUGGGCCUGGCCUGGCCCUGUGCUGCUUUCUGCUCUGGAUCUCUCUGCAGCCAGACUCCCUCCACCGGGUGUCAGCCGUCAACCUGCGGCGCUUUAUUGGUUGUGCCGUGCGGGAGUUCACCUUCCUGGCCAGGAAGCCCGGCUGCGGGGGCCUGCACAUUACCACUGACGCCUGCUGGGGACGCUGUGAGACCUGGGAGAAGCCGGUCAUGGACCCUCCCUUCAUUGAGUCCUACCAGCGCGUUUGUACCUACAACGAGACCCGUCUAGUCUCUGUGAAACUGCCCAACUGCUUGCCAACCGUCGACUCCACCUACACCUACCCCGUGGCCCUGAGAUGUGACUGUGGUGUCUGCCUGACCAGCACCACUGAAUGUAUAACAUCUGUCUAGCUAAAACUAUAUACUUGUUAAAACUAUACACUGUAAAUAAGCAUUUUUGUCGGGUAAAAUUGGAAAAAAAAGGCCAAAAAAAAUCUGGUUUUCCUGCUAAAUAUUAAGUUA